AUGGCUAAGCAAAAUAGUACCUUGAUGAACGCCAUUCUUGCGCUAUCUGCUCGUCAGCUUAGUCGAACCACCGACUUCGACCCUUACAUCGCAGAUGCCUACUAUCAGCGAUGCUUUGACACGCUGAUUCCAGCGCUGAACGACAACGUCACCAUCAAAGAAGAGCCGUUACUUGCUGCAACCGUCAUCUUGCGACUCUUGGAAGAGAUGAACAUCUCGAUUAUCGGCUCCGACCCCCAGGGCCAUUUGUUCGGCACCCAGGCUAUAAUCCGUGCUGCUGAACAAUCAUACGCUGCAACAUCUGGACCUGAUCGGCGGCAGGCUAUCUACUGGGCUGCUUUUCGUCAGGAACUGUGGAUCUCACUCAUGACGCAACGCGCGUUUAAAUUACACAUCUUCCCCGCUGAUCGCUCACUCGAGCCGGCUAACGACUCCAUCUGGGCUACACGAACGAUUGCUCACCUCGGCGACGUGAGCAACUUCGUCUUUGGGGAAGGUAGAAACAGCAUUGCUCGCUACAACCAACUGAUGGACGAGAACAGAUCCUGGACACAGUGUAGGCCUGACAGCUUCGACCCAUACUAUUUCCGGCAAGAUCGAGACGGUAGCGGGAGAAACUUCCCGGACAUUCGUUUCCACCAAAAGACCCACGUUAUGGGCACCCAGUAUAACCUCUUAGCUCAUAUGCUGCUGAUUGUACAUGAUCCGACGAUUCCGCAACUUGGACCAGCACACAAAGCAUCACGCGCUAUUGUGGAUAGAGCCGUGCAAGACAACGUCCGCACACUAUGCGGAGUGGCCCAAUCGAACUCCAAAUGGUUUCCUUGCAAGUUUGUUGCCUGCUUCGCGAUCGCAUUAGUCGGCGAUCGCUUCACGCUUCGUGAGGAUCAAGAACAGCUUCGCGAUCUAUGGUAUGCCUGUGAACGAUCGCAUGGCUUUCCUCCCACAGCGGCCAUUAACCAACUCGAAGAGUCGUGGGGUUGGCACAACUCUUGA